GCUGGUGGGGGCCGCGGCGCCCAGUUGCAGUCGCAGAGAAGUGACUGCGCAGGCGCGUGGGCCAGAAACGGUGGCCGGCGAGCGCUGUGGGCCAGUACCAUGGGCUGCUUCUUUUCCAAGAGGCAGAAGAAUGAGAGGGUCCCGCCUCCCGAAAGAGAGAACGAGCGGCCAAAGCAGUACAGCUGGGAUCAGCGCGAGAAGGUUGAUCCAAAAGACUUCAUGUUAAGUGGACUAAAGGAUGAAACAGUGGGUCGCUUACCUGGGAAAGUGGCAGGACAGCAAUUCCUUAUACAAGACUGUGAGAACUGUAAUAUCUAUAUUUUUGAUCACUCUGCUACAAUUACUAUUGAUGACUGUACUAACUGCAUUAUUUUUCUGGGGCCUGUGAAAGGCAGUGUGUUUUUCCGGAAUUGCCGAGAUUGUAAGUGUGUAUUAGCCUGCCAACAGUUUCGUUUGCGGGAUUGUAGAAAAUUGGAAGUCUUUUUGUGCUGCGCCACUCAACCCAUUAUUGAGUCUUCCACAAAUAUUAAGUUUGGAUGUUUUCAAUGGUACUACCCUGAAUUAGCUUUUCAGUUCAAAGAUGCAGGGUUAAGUAUCUUCAACAACAACUGGAGUAACAUUCAUGACUUUACACCUGUAUCAGGAGAACUCAACUUUAGCCUUCUUCCAGAAGAUGCUGUUGUUCAAGACCAUGUCCCUCUACCAACUACAGAAGAACUCCAAACUGUUCGUGUUUCCACAGAAGCCAACAGGAGUAUUGUUCCAGUAUCCCGGGGUCAGAGACCAAAGAGUAGCGAUGAAUCGUGUUUGGUGGUGUUGUUUGCUGGUGAUUAUACCAUCGCAAAUGCUAGAAAACUAAUUGAUGAGAUGAUCAGUAAAGGCUUUUCUCUGGUACAGACAAAGGAAGUGUCAAUGAAAGCUGAGGAUGCUCAAAGGGUUUUUCAGGAAAAAGCUGCUAAUUUCCUUCCUCUUCUGAACAAAGGUUCUGUUAUUGCAUUGGAAUUUAAUGGAGAUAAUGCUGUAGAAGGAUGUCAACAUAUUAUCAACGAGAUAUUCAAUGGGACCAAGAUGUUCGUAUCCGAAAGCAAGGAAACAGCACAGAGAGACGUAGACAGCUUCUAUAACUUUGCUGAUAUACAGAUGGCAAUAUGAAGCACAGUGCGGAACCCAGGACCUGACAUUAAGUAUUUUCCACCUUGUGUAUUCACAGUGGGUUUUACUAAUGCUAAGAUGACUGGAGCUUACUUUAUAAUAAAUGAGCUAAAUGCUGCAACCUUUUAUUUGGAUUUCAAAAUCAGUUCAUUUUGAACUAAGUUUUAAUCAGUUUAAAAACCAAGGGCUUCAAUUAGCUUGUACUUUGUUUCUCUGCAUAUAAUAGAAAAGGCUAGCAGUAAUUUUUAAGCCUAAUCAAAUGUUCUUUCAAGUCUCUAAUAAUUUCAUUUAUCCUCAGUGCACAUGGUAUUUGUUUGAGAAUACAUUCCAUUGCUUAUUUUUUUCACUUUAGAGGGAUUUUUAUACCCAUAAAUGCAGUAAAAUAAUGGAUUUCUAGUUGUACAAUCUACCAAAUGAGAUUUUGUAUACAAAGCUGACAUAAUACUUUGUAAAUUGAGCUAAUUUUUAAUUAAUAAUAUUUGGUAAUCAGUUUUUCAAGUAACUCUACUAACUGAUGUUGGUAUAACUAUUUAAAGACUAUUUUGUAAGUAGUAUGAUUAUUUGAACAAAUUCCACAUUAGUUUUCAGAAAUUGUUGUAUCGAAAGAUAUAACAGUUAUCACAAAUUCUUUUAUUGAUCUAUUUUUGAUAAUUCCAUUUGCCACUUUAUUAGUAACAAGCAAUAUGAAGUAAAUUUGCUUUUGCCUGCUAAGGAACUGACUUGUGGUUGUGGGUGGGAAAUUGGAGAUACUUGGUGAAGGGAAGGUCACACUGGUAGUGGGAUUAGUGUUGGAAUAUUGAAUACCUGAAACAACAAUACAAUAAUAUAAUAUAAUAUAAUAUAAUAUAAUAUAAUAUAAUACAAUACAAUACAAUACAAUAAACAGCUUUGGUAAGUAAUGGUGUUUAAAUUUUUUAAAAAGACUUCUAGAUGAUUUUGCUGCUUUAUGGUAAGAAAGGAUAUAUGCAGCACUAAAACUGUGGAACCCAAUCAUUUACUGUUUCUCAAAAAAGGUUAUAAUUGUUUUCCACUCUUGUGGGCCCUAGGAGAGUUAAAAUAAACCCUUGUGACAUUUAGGUAAGAAACACUCUGGCAUGAUGAUAAGCUACACAAAUCAUUUAAAAGCUAGAUAAAUUUGAUUUUCACUAGAUAUUCUAUUCUAAUCAAGUAAUUUUCAAGCCUCCUAAUAAAAUUAUUUUGGUUGCUUUAAAGCAUUAUUUUCAAGUCAACCUGACUAUAAUAAUUUACCAUGAGUCAGAGAACUAUACACUCAAUAUAAGAAAUGUUCAAGAUGAUAAAAUUAUUUUGUUUGUUUUAAAGCACUAUUUUCCAAAUCCACCAGACCAUAAUUAAGAAGCAGGGAAGAGCUAUUUGUUUAAAAAUCCCACCAGAGCCACUGAGAUAGUUCAAGGGCCAGGACCUCAGUUUGGAUCCACAGUACUGCAUGGUCCUCAACAUUGCUGGCCAUGGCCAUAUUAACCCUCAAGAUAUCUCCAGGGUGUGGCUUUUGUGAUGCCCACUCCACUGGGCCCCAAGCAUCACAACAUCUAUCCCAGUAGGCCAAGAACCACAGGGAGUAGCCCCAGAAUUAAACAAAAUUAAAACCUACAUUUUUGGACCCAAUGAUCAGAUCCAGUCUACAGGGAAAUCUAUUUGGAGAAGGAUAUCCCCAGCAAUGCUUCAGUACCCAGGUUGUUGCAAGGGGGUCUCCUGUGAUAAGUGUAAUUUUUUCCACACAUUUGAACUAUUUCCCUGACCCUCAAGGGGAGGCUUUAUAUUGAGGGGUUUAUUAUAAAUCCAAAGUAACCCUAUAGAAGAUGUCGAUAGGCUAAUCUUGUAAGAAUGGACUGAACCUGCAUCUACCUAAGAUUUCAGAGCUAGGAGAAACCAGCUUUCAUAUGUCUAUUUUUUAAAAGAAACGUAAAUUUAAUUAUAUUUUUAUAAACCAAGUUUGAAAAUAGCCACUUGUAACAAUUCCUCUUAUGAUUGUUACUGGAAUGUAUUUUCAUGUUUGAACUGUUUUGGGAAUAUUUUCUUACCCGUUCAUAACUACUACAUUGAAUUACAUGUUGAUGUUCUGCAAUAAUAAUACAUUAAAAGACUUUUCACUUUGAAUUACUAAUACUGGUUACCUACCCUGUGCCUGGCCUUAUGAGCAUUGCAUCACUUCAAGUCCUUUUAUAAGAGCAUUCUAUACUACAUAAUCAACGUCUCCUUUAAAUGAAAAUGAUUUUAUAAGACGUGUAGACUGGGUCGAUAGCACAGUGGGUAAGGUGCUUGCCUUGCACAUGGCUCAUCUGGGUUUGAUCUCCAGCAUCCCAUAUGGUCCCCCGAGCACCAUCCGGAGUGAUUCCUGAGCAGAGAACCAGAGUAACCUCUGAGCAUCUCUGGAUGUGGUCAUAAAACAAAACAAAAAGAUGCAAAUAAAAAUUACGAAUAGGUUUAUUGGGCCAUACCUUCUGUUGCUCAAGGCUUAAUGCCCAGCUGAGGUCAGGGCUCACUCCUGGUGGGCUCAGGGUACCGUAUUCCAGGGAUCGAACCUGGGUCAGCUGCAUGCAAAGCAAGUGUCUGCUAUACUAUUGCUCUGCCCCACCAACAAGUUUAAUAUAAUUUUCAUUAUAAUUUACAAAUAAAUUCAAGUGGUGAUCAGAAGUCAUUUUUCCCAUUAAGCUAAAUAUUCCUUCUAAUGUAAUUACAUUGUUAAACUGUUUAACUAUAUUAUCCAGGGUUUAAAAUAAUGAUAGUACUGUGCUUUUCAAAAAUUCAAAGCUGAAUAUUGAAUUCUUUAUCUUGUAUAUAGCAUUUAGCAAAACUCAGGAACACAUAAGGGAGACAUUAAUUAUUAAAUUUCUACUAGGUUUAGUGUCUGUUAAUCAAAGCCUAAAAUUUUAUAUGCUUGGGUUAGAUGAGAGCUUUUGGUUGAGUUUCAGUGGUAGAGUACAUAUGUGCCUCACGUGUAUGAGACCUUUGUUCAGGGUCAAGAAUAAAAAUAAAAUUAAGUGAAAAACAGAGCUUCUUUCCAAGUUUGUCUUUAAAGACAUUUAUUUGACUUCUGAAUGUUUGAAAGAUUUUUAAGAAUAAGUAGUGCUAUGGUUGUUGUGUCUAUAAUACUAAACUUUGAUAGUAAGUAUUUACUAUCAAGUAUUUUCACUUGUAGUACAUUUUAUUUCUGAGUAGCUUUUGAAUUUAUAGAAAUCAUGAUCAAUAAAAUAUUAGAAAUUUGAUUGUUAAUCAUAUUUAAACAUUAUAUUAUCUUAUUUCUCUUUCUCUUGUGUUAAUACUACUAGUCCUUUGCUUCUCUAUAUUUAUGUCUAGAUUUUGUAUGUAAUGUACCCAGUGUUUA